CGCAACUGUUCGGGGACAGCGAAUGAUGGAAAGAGCAAGCAAGCAGUGUUGCCAAGGUAAAAACGCCACAGGAAAAGAGUUCGGCUCAAUCCAUGAUGUCACUCCUGGUUUUGAGAAUGAGGUAGCUGAUAGUUUACCAAAAGACGAAUCAGCGGGAAGCAGUGGUCAAGAGAUAUAUCCCUGGAUGAAGGAGUUUCGCUCGAAAGGUAAGACGGCGGUUCCGUAGACACUUUCUAUAGUCAUUGAGUGAACAGGAACAGGGAGAGUGGGCGUAGGUCUAAAACAACAAUUCUUUGUGCAACUUAUUUCUGCGGAAAUGUUUAAGAAAAUCGGAAAUGAAUUCGUGCGAACAAAGAGGUGAAUCAGCGGUUGAGUGUAGUCGAGGAGUGUUUGCACGCUGUGAACUUCCUAAGUGGCGGAUUAGUAGGAGUGAUAGUUCGUAACUCUUGUGGUUCUUCGCCGGACAACAUGGUGAUUCGUUACGAAGCUUCGUCCGUCACUAACGGAAGGUAGGAGCCACAUUUUCACAAAUUGUUAACUAAUUCAUAACAUCGUGCUGUUGGAAACCCUUUUUCGAAAGAGGCAGACCUCUAACGUCUUUCAUUUUCAAAGGGAAUUCGAGAUUGAUGCUCAAAGAGGUUGUGUGAGGAUUCUGAAAGGUCCGAGUUUAGAAGCCGUCUCUUAGCCGAAACGAAGCGCGCUAGAGUAAAAACGAAUUAUCUAUUCUGGCUAUGUGAAAAAUUUUGUUAUUCUAUAGGAAAUGAAGACGCUUAUUUUACCUGAAUAGAUCUCUUUAUAUUGAUUCCCUUAUUGUCUCAAAAGGGUCAACACGUCUUUAGCGCCGGUCCUCAGGACAAGAAUCCAUUCGAUCGCUAUGUUUAAAUAUGUUUUAAUCCUUCCUCUUGCUGUGAAGGGCGACAAAUGGCCUUCUAUACUGUUUGACCUUUCUUUCCCAAGAAUUUGUAUUUUGUGGCUAGAGAGAGACACAUGAAUAUGACUAUAUUUAACAUUUCGUGAUCAAUUCAGAUUGCUCAUGUUGCGCUGCAUGCCAAAUGGCAUUGCCAUUCGUGGCCAUGAUUCCGAAGGCCUCACGACUUGCGUGCAAUGAACGGCUCACACGUAUUUUUGCCAUUAGAGGCGGACAUAUUGUUCCUUCUUGUGCAUUGAAAAUAAACGCCAGAUUAUGAAUUUCAGACUGUUAAAUUUUACGAGACAUUCUCUGCUGCUUGUACGCUUAUGGUUUUGGAAGUUCUGCAUUCUUGUGCGGCUUUUGACUCUGCUUCAUAAACAAAUGUCUUUUUAAACGCUAUAUAAAAACAAAGUUAUGUUAACAAAUUGGCAAAAUGAUGAUGAUUUACAGUUUUAGCAGUCUAUGCGUGUUUCGGGCAUCUCUUUAAACCGAUUGCGCUUGCAUAUUACAUCUAAUAGCCGUUAUUUUCAUUAUCAACCUCGUUGCCGCUAAAUGCUACACCUUAAACGGUGCUUACCGUCUACAUAUUUUUCCUGUAUGAAGUAUUAUUUUUUAUUAAGUUGUGGGAAUAAUUCAGAAGUUUGCCUUCUUGCUCUUCUCCGCGUCGGAACAACCAAGGCUUUCGUGAUACCGUUAUGGUAAUUCUCCAGAACUGUGUUUCUUCCGCAGCUGAUGACACAUUUAUCCGAAAGGAUUUCGGUCUUCUGUUUUGCAAGCCGAAUGCAAAUGAUUUAUGUGCGUAGUUAUGUUUCGUUUUGAAACUUGCUUUAUUCACAAUCAUUUUUCCCUGAAAUUUCCUUUUGCAGCUUUUUAUAUACUUAUGUCAUCAAAAAGAAAGACUGCUUAUGAAAUUAGAUAUAGAUUACACCUCAGUUUUACUAAACAUGAUCCGUGGAAACUGCUUGCAAACUGCAAGUAAUUACUGCAGAUACAUUGAUUCUAAAGGAUGAGAUAUAUCCGAUCCUGUGUAACUCAAACGCCGUAUAAAAAUACCGAAAGAUAAAGAUGUAUUUCAUGUAAAACGGAUCGCACCCACGACAGUCAGACUCUAACAGAAGCCUAUUGUUUGAGUCCAAGGGUGGGGCUGCUUUGUUAUAAUUAGUACUACCAAUCUGACAGGAAAAAUCACGAACGACAAUUACAACUUUGCUAUCUCUGUGUUUAGGAGCAGCGCAGGAGAAAGAUGACAGAAAACUCAAUCGAAUCAUCUACAGCACAAAACAGCUGGUAGAAUUAGAGAAGGAGUUUCAUUUCAACAGAUACCUUUGCAGACCGCGGAGAAUCGAAAUCGCUCUGUCGCUUGGACUCACCGAGAAACAGGUCAGAGUUUGGUUCCAAAAUCGUCGAAUGAAAUGGAAAAAAGAGAGUGAAUGUGUUGAGAAGGCUCUAGAGAAUGAAAUUCAGGAACGAAUGAGACAACUCAGCACUCAAAAUGCCUUCGGUAGCCAGUUAUCCAUGUUGAACAUGAUAAACCUGCAACCAAAUGGGUCUCCACUUAACAAAUCGAUGCAUUCUAUCAAUCAAUACUCCGUUCCGAUGCAUCUGAAGCACGAUGCAAGAUAUCUGGACAAGCCGAAAGCGAUCUGGAGUCAAGGAACACACGAUCAUUGGUGAUUACUAAGCAUCUGUUUUGGGAUUAGGGUUUCCUUUGGUUCCCCACCAGAAUUCACACCUCGUAAAUUACAAUUAACUAAUUUACAGCUCAUUAAUCUUGUUGCGUUUAUGGUUCUGUUUACGAUGAAGAACGCAUAGGAAAAAUCACUUGCCUUCUUCAGUGACGUUGCUUUUAUCAAAGGUUCUGUUUAAUUCGCACUAUUGCAUAAUACACAUGAAAUUGUAUGAACCAUUUCAAUUCUAGAUUUAAUAUUCAGCUCGUCUUUAAUAACUUUAUGCUUAGUUAUACACAAUUGUACCGUAUUCACCUCUCAUUAGGGACCUUAAGUAAACCACGACGGUGACAGCAACGAGGACAUGGAAAAACAAAAGAUCUAAUUGGAAGAAUAAUAGCUCAGCACAUGCAUUUUAAAACUUUGCACAUUUCUUAGUCGUCCUAGACAAAAAAACAACGUGAAAUGGCCACAAUUUGCGUCGUCUGCGAACCGAAACCGCGACGGCAAAUUAUUUUUAUUUCCAUUUGGAACAACGCUUCUUUUAUACGUUAUGCUGAAGUUGAGGUGUGGCGCCGUAUGAGACGGUAAACACAUGCAGCCAUUUUUUGAAAUUCUAAUUAAAGGCAGAAAUUCAUUAUUUUGUCGAAGUCUUCUUUGGCGUUGCCGUCCUGACUGCUUAAGGUCCCUAUUUUCACUUCAAGAUUAACGAAAACGAAAGUUGAAUAAAAAAUUAUACAUGCAGGA